GAUUCAUGGGUCACCUACGAUAUCUUGUAUCUAUUGCUUGUCUAUUGAUGAUAUGUUUGAAUGUUUGUCUAGCGUUCCCAAUGUGGUAUGGUCAUCCAAUUAUCAUAGGAGAUUACGGGCGAGCAAGAAACUGGUGGGAAAAUGGCAAUGUUGACCAUGGAGUGUUCAGUGGGUGGGGUUUAACCGGACCACGCCCUGUCAAUAUAGAUUCAAUGGCGGAUUCAGAUGAUACAAUUUAGAUUUCCUUUCAAUAUUGUGACAUACUUUUAUUAUUGCUCCUCUAAAAAUUGUGUCAAAUGCUUUGCCAACAAGUUGUAAAAACAGCAUUUAUACAAAAUUUAUUGAAAUUUCCCAUUCAUUAUUGUCAAAUUGGUCACGUUUUAUUGUAUGGUGACGUCGUUUCGUCAAAAAUGUUAUAUCAAAACUCAGAUCACGUGAUGUGAUGCGACGAGAUUUGAUUGGACACCUACAUAAAUAUUAUUCCAACGGCUUUUAACGCUACAUAUCCACUUUAUAAUCCAUUUGAUUUGUAUCUUCCAUCUAAGUACUAUUAAAUAAUGAAAACAAGUCUGAAAUGUUGUUAUAGAAUUUAUGUGACGCUGAAACAACAUAGAUGUUAAGAAGCUGCUUUGGAACGCUUCUGUGUGUCACGACAAAGCGCCAAACGGCGCGUAGUUGGACUUUCGUCUUGUCGCUAACGAUGGACGCCAAACGGCGCGGUGUCGUGCGGCGUGUUGUUGCGAUGUCACAUUGUCGCUCGGCUCAAGUCGAAGGUUUGGCUUAUAAGCCACGCGACAGGGCGACAUCGCGACAACGUCCCGCACGACAACGCACCGUUUGACGUGCUACGCUACAGACAGGACGCCAAGACGACAGUGCGAUAACGUGCCGUUUGUUGUCGCUAUCGACAACGCAACGCGCAAAGGGUACCAAAUCAGCCACCAUAAAGAUGUUACAUUAGGAAUGUCGUAAAAAUAAUCUUGUAUACCAAGACCAUGUGACACUUUCUUGUUCAUGUUUUUUCUUUCUUUUCGUUUUGAUUUUGUUUAUUUUUGUGUGUGUGUUUGUUUUUGUUUGUUCUGUCUUGUUCUUUUUGUUUUUUUGUCAUAU